AGUCUUAAUCAAAUUAAAUACAUAGAUAUGAAUGUUAACAAAUUCAACCCCCCUACGUGGUAGUUCAUAUAUCAACCUUCCUCAAGAUAUUAAAUCAAAAAAAGCUGUAAUCAAUGUUAAAAAUAAUGAUAAUAUGUGUUUCAAAUGGGCAUUGCUCUCCGGUUUAUAUCCUGUAUGAAAAUGUAGAUCGGGUAGCAUCUUACGCAAUUCAUGGAAAUAAACUAAAAUUUACUGAUAUUUCUUUUCCGGUUAAAAUUGCAGAUAUAUCAAAAGUAGAGAAAUUAAACAAUAUUAGUAUUAAUGUUUUUGGUUUAGAGUAUACUAAAGAAAAAAAGUGCAAUUCUGUUGUAGGUCCUUUAUAUUUAUCAAAAUGUCGUACACCUAAUCAUAUUAAACUACUAGGUAUAUAUCGAAUGGUACUAAUAAUCAUUACUGCUAUAUUAAAAACUUAUCGCGAUUAGUUAGUUCACAAAUAUCAAGACAACAUUAUGCAGUUUAUAUCUGUGAUUCAUGUUUACUUCAUUUCCCAUCAAAAGAAAGACUUAAUAACCAUCAACAAUAUAAUUGCGCUCACAUUUGUACGGAAUUACCAAACGGUGAGGAUUCCAAAAAGGAUUGGUUAGGUAAAGCAACCUCAAAUAAUAAAUUAAAAUUCGAUAAAUUGGCGAAAAAGUUGGAAAUGCCGUUUGUGAUUUAUGCAGACUUUGAGGCAUUUUUGAAUCCGAUAGAAUCAUGUAGUAACGACCCAUCCAAGCCCAGUACAAUUAAUAUUCAAAAACAUGAAGUGUAUAGUUUUGGAUAUUACAUUAAAUGUUCAUAUGAUAACAGAUUAUCAAAAUAUGAGACAUAUAGUGGGUCAAACUGUGCACAAGUGUUUAUGAAUCGCCUUUGUGAAGAUGUGAAAGCAAUAGUUAAAAAAAAUACUUUCCAUAAAUGUCCCGUUCCAUUAUCAGAGUAGUAGGAUUCGUACAAUAGGAGCAUUCGUACAGUCGUUAUUCCUACCGCUGUAGAAUACUUUGACAGGUCUGUGUUUGUGUGCGUGAGACCCACUCGCACGCAUAGGUUACUCGCGGGGUGAGACGUCAGUGCAGCCACCGGCUUCGACGCAACGAGUCGUAACGUGGAUUCGUACGUGUACGAAUGCUCCCCGUGCCUGACUGGACAUUAUUUUUCAGCACAAUCUAAUAUUGUUACAGAACCAUGCCGCGAAUAUAUAUUAAAAAAGGGACGAGGACGGGAGAGGCAGAUGAAGGUGCAAUGGAAUCGGCGAUAAAAGAAGUUUUGGAUAAGACAUUAUCUAUUAGAAAAUUUGCACAAAAAUAUGGCGUCAAAUCAACAACACUCGAAAGUCGUCUGAAAAAGUUUCAUCAACAAGAAGCUGCCGAAAAUAUGCCUACCCAUGCUUUCACUUCCAAGUUUACGUCAAAUCAAGUCUUUUCAACUGAGGAGGAAGCCUUUUUAAACAAUUACAUUAUUGAAUGCUCCAAAAUGCACUACGGUCUGACGAUCAUCCAGGUCAGAAAAUGUGCAUAUGAGUUUGCAAAAGCCAAUCAGCUUAAUUUUCAUCCGAGUUGGCAUCAUAAUAAAAUGGCUGGUAAAGAAUGGAUGGAUAGUUUCCGCAGGCGAAACGGAAACCUGAGUCUUAGAAAGCCUGAAAAUAUCAGCGCCGCAAGAACAUUUGCUUUUAACAAGACUGCUGUAACUGGUUUCUAUAAUAACCUUGAAAAGGUUCUAACAAAGUACAAAUUUACUGCAGAUCGUAUUUUUAAUUUUGACGAGUCCGGAAUUUCCACAGUGCUAAGCACACCUAAAGUUUUAGCUGAAAAGAAUCAGAAACAAAUAGGCCAACUUGUGUCAGCAGAGAGGGGAGAACUAGUUACAUUUGGAGGAAUAAUUUCAGCAAGUGGUAAUACAAUUCCGCCACUAUUUAUCUUCCCGAGGGUUCACUUCAAAGACCACUUUAUGACAGGUACACCAGAAGGAAGCCUGGGAGUUGCAACAAAAAGUGGGUGGAUUACUUCUGCUAUAUUUAUAGAGGUACUGAAACACAUUCAAAAGAGAUCGUCGUGCUCUAAAGAUAAUCCCAUUUUGUUGCUUGUCGACAACCAUGAGAGCCAUGUGACUAUUGAAGCUGUAAACUAUGCUCGUGAUAAUGGGAUUGUUUAUCUAUCCUUUCCACCCCACACGACACAUCGUCUCCAGCCUUUAGACAUCGGUGUAUUUGGACCUUUUAAGGCCAAACUCAAGAUAGCUUUUAACGAUUGGCACGUGAAUAACCCAGGCAAAACCCUCAAUAUAUAUAAUAUACCACGUCUGGCUAAGAUAGCAUAUUUUGAAUCCUUUACUGGUAAAAAUAUCACUCAUGCCUUUGAGAAGGCCGAAAUAUGGCCUUUUAUAAGUUAGCUUUUUGCGACGACGAUUUUGCACCUGUGAAUGUAUACUAUUCUAGUUCAACCCAAGAUGCUCAAACGAACCCACAAGCUUCAACUUCUUCACUACCACAAGCGUUACAAUCCACGCAAGAUGAGCAAUCAAGUUCUGUAGCCGUUCAAGAUUACGAUGUGCCAGAGACCAUACCAACAGACCCCAUACAGACAGAGCUUAUUCAACAAAACCUUCCAAGUUGUUCAUCAUCUGUGUCUCCAUCUUUGCUAUCACCUACAACAGUAACAGAUUGCUUACCAGCUGUGGGGUUGAUCACCCCAGAGUUAGUCAGGCCAUAUCCUAGAGUGAACAGAGAUUCAAUAAAGAAAACAAGGAAAGAUAAACUACCAGGCAAAUCUAGAAUUUACACUGAUACUCCGGAAAAAGAUAGAUUGGAAGAAAUAGAAAAAGGAAGACUAUUGAAGAAGCAAGUGCAAGAGAAAAAACAAAAGGCUAAGGCCAUCAAAAAAGCUCUACAUCUUGUCCUAGAUGCAGAUAACGCAUCUUCCAUAAAGAGGAAAUCUCAAUCGAAAGAGUCAUUUAAUUUAAAGAAGCAAAAGAAAACUACAAAGACUGAUAGUGAAGAUAAAACUGACUCUGAAGAUGAGACUGAUUGUGAAGAUGAAGUGAGUUUAACAGAAAGUUCUGCUUCUCCUGCGGAAGAAAUUGAUGCCGAAAAUGAAACCCCAGUUUUAGCAGAAAACAUAGAAGAAAAAAGUUUUGUGCUUGUUAAGUUCGAGAAAAACUAACUCACAAAGUGUUACUCGUGCUUGAUAAUCAUUCAUUGCACAUUCACAUUAAUACCUUGGAUUAUUGUAAAGAAAACGGGAUCACUUUACUUUCAUUUCCCCCACAUUGCUCUCACAAGCUUUAGCCUCUCGACCGGUCUGUCUUCGGACCUUUAAAAAAAGCUAUUAACACUGCUUGCGAUGGAUGGAUGCGAAGCCACCCUGCUAAAAUGAUGACAAUAUAUGAUAUACCAGGUAUCAUCAAAAUUGCUAUGCCUCUGGCUCUUACACAGGCGAACAUACAGGCUGGUUUUAUGAAAACUGGGAUCUAUCCAUACAACCGUAAUCUGUUCGGAGAUAUUGACUUUGCACAUUCUUUCGUAACCGACAGACCAAACCCUGAUACUGAAGACAAUAUUCCUGCAGUACCGUCACCUGAAAGAACUAGACCAAAUCCUGACACUGAAAAUAUUGCUUCUGCAAUACCAUCUCACACAACAAGAGGAACAGACACUGAAGAUAUUUCUCCUGCAGCACCAUCACCUGUAAUAAGCAGACCAAUCCCUGACAAUCAAGAGGAUGCUCCCAUAUCACCAUUUUUAGUAAAUAUUGCCAACCUUGACUGUAUUCAGAAAGAAAAUUUUGUUAUUGAGAAUUUUGGACCUAAUAAUAAAAGUCCACCACUUUCACCUUCUAUAUUAGACAAUACACCAAGCCAAAAUUUUAGCAAUGUUCAACCAUCUACUUCUGCCAUACCAUCAGUUUUUUCUCCUGAAAUUGUUCGGCCCUUUCCAAAAGCUUCCGAAAGAAAAACCGAGGACCUAGAACCAAGAAGUCUACGAUUUACACGGACACGCCUGAAAAAUAGGCAGUCAGGCAAGAAUAUGAAGCAAAAGAAAAACGACUGCAAAGGGCAUCAAAAAAAAUCUCAAUGAGCCGAAAGGAAAAGGUAAAGCAACGAAAAGGAAACAAUCACCGUCAAUAUUAGAUGAAGAACAAUAUUUUUGUUUGGUGUGCCUUGGUCCAUAUUCUGAAAGUAGGCCUGGCGAAAAAUGGAUUAAAUGCCAAGGAAAGUGUAACCUUUGGGCCCAUGUAGACUGUACAGAUGGUAGUCGGUAUUAUAUUUGUCACAACUGUGAUGAGUCGGAUUAGAUUAGUUGUCAAACUUACUUUUAUACAUUUUCACAUGCUACAUUUCUAAAAAAAUAUUUGAGUUCCUGUUUAAAAGAUUUUGAGCACGUUGUUAUGUUUUGAGUUUAGUUUCAAAAUAGAAUAGAGUUUAAGUUCUAAUGUGAUUAUGAACAUGAUUAAUAUACCUUAUAUAUAGAGGUAUUAUAUUUGUUAAGUCCGCUUUAACUAAUUUUAAGUGCAGACUGUUAUAAAUACUUUAAGGUACUUAAAUAGUGGGUAUAGAUAAAGACUGACUGUACUAAUGAAGACUACUGAUUGUAACCAAAGAUCCUAUAGUGCCUUAUAUGUUGUAAGAAAUUAAAAUGUUCAAAGAUUUUAUUUCUUUUGUUAGGAAAGUAUAAUUUAGUUGAUUAUUAUAUAAAAAUAAAUAAAUAUUUUUUUGCAAUUAAAGUGUUUUAUUGGCAUUUUAGAGUAUUUCUAUCUUAUUUUGUGAUCAUAUUACAGUAUUUUCAUCGUGUCACUAUUGACCCCCAGUACUGUCACAACCGCCCUUGGGGUGGGUACGGUUGUGACAAUUUACCUUUUUUUUUAAAUUUCAUUUUAUGAACUAACCAUUUGAUUUAGACAUAUACUUUCAUGUUUAUACGUUAAGCAAUGAAUAAACUUCAUAAGAAUUCAUUUUUUGUUCAGAUUAAUAGCAUAAAUAAAAAGCUAUAGUCAAUCAUUUGAAAAUUGUCACAACCGUACCCAGUCUACCCUACACAGUAUCACAUCGCAACGAUGAUUGCCCGGUCGAGGCCCGUCUUAGUAAUUUCAGACACGGAACCGGCUCGGUGACCGUGUUACGGCCGACACUUGGCUCGGACCCGACACGGUCUAGCGUGAAUCAUCCUUAAUUCAGAUGAAAUCAACAUUGGUCCCAUAUUUUACGCGCUGCUGGUUAAUAAAGAGAAAGAGACAUAUGAAAUGAUGCUCAAAAAAAAAAAAAGGGGUUUGCCAGAUUUCAAACAGUUAAAAUUCACAUUGGAUUUUGAAAUGUCAGCACUGUCUGCAGGACCGGACGGAAUACCGGCUUUUCUGUUUAAAGAUUGUGCUAACCACUCGCAGAGCCCUUACUUUAUAUUUUGUAUAUAAGUCUCGAUUCGGCGACGAUCCCAGCUCAAUGGAAGAUUACGCGAGUCUACCCAGUAUCUAAGGAAAAGGCGGGAUUAGAAAUUAGUGGUUAUAGACCGGUGACAGUACUGUCGACGUCGGUCAAAGUGUUUGAGUCCGCUAUUCAGAGCUGCAUACAAAGACAGGUAAGUGGGCAGCUUUCGGACGCACAGCACGGAUUUAAUUGGGCCUCCGGUAACCUCACUCACACGACGAAACACAACGAAAGCGU